UCUUCUUGCCUUACUUUGAUUGCCGCAUUGUCCCAGCUGCAGAGUGAUGAUCUCUCGCGGCAUAGUGGCUCUGAAUGCUGCUCCCCUCAAGCUAGCGACGAUUCUGUCUUCCUGCAGUAGCCCCUUCUCCUCCUAAAAGAAAAAAAGCGCCGUUACUAGCCCCGCUACUUCUUUGCCUCUUCCCGCCGCCACCUUUUCGCGGCCUAUAAUCGGUUUAUUCUUUGGCAACGCGCACGCGCCGAACAAAAACCGGAACUCUUUGGCCGGUGGGCGCCCUUGUGUUUUGGGCAAGUUCUCCGUACAGCAAGAUGGCGCUUCCGAUGCUGUUACUUCCGUUGCCUUUGCCGGCGUGGGAGCGGCCAUGGAAGUGUGCGUGAGGUAGUAGUAGUGCCGCUGCUACUGCGGUGCCCGUUGGUGGCGGAGAAUGAUGAUCCUCUCCUCCCUUCUACCGGUCUGCCGGUGACGCUGGGCGGCAGGAGAAGAAUGGAGGCGGUAGCAGGAUGCAGCAGGAGCCGCGACGGUGUCGGCGGAGGCUCCCUCAGCGAUACCCAGGCCCCGUCCUCGGAGCGGGAGCGGCGAGUGCGCGCGCUGAGCGUCUUCCUGCGGAGCCGCCUCGGCCCUUACGAACCGGCGCUGAGUGCCCUGCAGGCCACGGUCGUCUGGGAGAGGCCGGCGAGGAGCGCACUCGGCUGGGCUGGAGCUCACGCGGCCUUCGGGUUUUUUGCUCUGACGUCUCUUCAUCUGAUAUUCUUGGUUGCUUUCACCCUGAUACUAAUAGUGUGUUUAGAUCAGUGGAAGAAUAAAAUCUGGCCAGAAAUAAAAGUAGCAAGACCUGAUGAAUUAGACAAUGAAAGCUGGGGCUACGUCCACCCCCGACUGCUGAGUGUACCUGAACUAUGUCACUAUUUGGCAGAAGGAUGGGUCACAGGAGACAGCUUCUUGAGGAACCUGUUGGGCUUCAAAAGGCAAAAUCCGGGCAAGUUCUGCCUUCUAGCUUGUGGCGUCCUCACAUUUUUGGCUGUGUUGGGCCAGUACAUUCCAGGUGUCUGCCUUGCCUAUCUAACAAUGCUUUCCAUCCUGUUGUGGCCACUUGCUGUGUACCACCACCUGGGUCACCACCUGUACACCAAACUGGAGCCAGCUCUGCAGCGAUUGGAUUUCAGUGUUCGUGGCUACAUGAUGUCCAAGCAUAAGGAGAAACAGUUGCGACACCAGAUGCUGAGCCGACAUCCUACUAGUGCUGAUGGGAGUGAUAGUGAAGAAGAGCUUGCUGCUUUCUGUCCCAAGUUGGAUGAUGCAGUAGUUGCAAAAGAGUUGGCCAUCUCUGAUUCGGAGCACUCUGAUGCAGAAGUAUCCUAUACUGAGAAUGGAACAUUUAAUCUAUCACGAGGACAAACCCCCAUGACAGAGGGAUCUGAAGACUUUGAUGGUCACAGUGACCCUGAGGAAUCAUUUGCCCGAGAUCUUCCAGAUUUCCCUUCCAUCAACCCUGAGGUGACGGGCAUAGACGAUGAGGAUGAUACAAGUCUAGGCAUCCCAAGCCUUGCCUCCCGUACACAAGGCCAGGAAGAUCUGCAACUUUCUCAUGACCAGGAGGAAGUGACCUCGAAUAUCCUGGGCCUGUUCACAGUACUACUGACAUCUGUUUCUCCUUGUUUGAGUAAAACCAGCAUAAGAUAUCAACUGUGGUGUGAUGAUCUUAACCAGCAUCUCAGACCUGCAAAGACCCUUCACAGGACAGGACACACUGUGUGGAGUUAUGUGCUACAGCUAUCAAGUUGAUGAUCCUGGUGCUCCAUAUCUUUCCUGACAGAAUACCAUAUCCAAACUUUUUAGGUUUAUAUGCAAAAUGGUUGGAAGACUGUACUUUAGAAGUAAUUCUUGGUGCAAAGCCAUCCUGAUAACCCUCUGUGGACUGAAGAAAGACUUGAAAAAAUGCUGUGCUUUUACUUUUAAAGCUUUUUUUAAAUAGUUUCCAUCAUCUUUUCACAACUUGUGAAUCUGCUGAACUCCAUCUUGAAUACUGCAUGCCCAGCUAGCCUUGUUCUCGGUUCCUUUCAUUCUAACUCAAAAUUGCAUCCUCUUCCAGGCUCAGUAGUUUAGAUGUUUACAUAAUUUUCUGACUUCACAUUUGAAAACCUCUGUGUGCUGUGCUGCCUAUUAUUUUCUUGGCCAAGCAGUAAUGUGAUGUAGAUGCUGUAUGCCUAUUAGCACAUUCUUGCAGAAGAGAUUCAAGAGGGUGGUGCUUUGUAAAUUUGAAACUGCUUGGUUUGGUAGCAUUUGUGCGGCAAUAUCAUGGUAUUUAACUGCCUUUUUAGUGUUUACAAAUCAGCCAACAUUGUGGAAGUUUAUAAAGUAAUUUGUCAUUUUGCAGAAGUUUUUUAAAUAAGAUGCUGAUAACUUUUGAGGUGGAAAACUUAACUUUACUUCAUUAGAUUUUGUGAUAUGUGGAUUAGAACAAGAGUUUAGUGCAAUAAAACCACCACACCUUCUCCACUGUAUCAGUAGUGGGAUGAUACUUUUUUGUUUUGGUUGAAUGUUUGUUUCUGCCCUAAGUGGUACAAAAUAAAGAAUUUGAGACAAGCCCA